AUGUCCCAAGCUUCUGUGUCGGCCAUAAGUACAAAAGAAAAUACUCCAAAUCUGGAGACUGAUGCAUCUAAAGAUGAUUCUAAAAUAAAAGCUCAAGAAAAUGCAAAGAAACCUGUUAUACCUUGGCAGAAUAACCAUAAAAGUGUAGAAGUUAAGACAUUUUCAGGAUAUACUUUAAAAUUGAAAGGUUGGGUUAGAAAAGAUGUGGUAGAGAAAUAUCAGAAACAAAGUAUAGAAAGUGUUUUAAAAGAAAAAGAAGAACAGAAAAGAGAGCAGGAACAAGAGCAACAAAAGGCUGAGGAAGAGGAUCAAGCAGAUGCAAAGGGGACAACUGAACAAAACCAAAACCACAGGGAGGAAAACUAG